UUCGAAAUUACCAUGCCCUCACUGCGCGCAUGUUCCCACUGCGCCAUUGCGCUACUUUUCAGCGUCUGCACAACUCCGGCAGUGGCGGUCGAUGUCAAAAGGGUAGACGGAGUUCAUCGGGUGGAAAAGACGCAUGUGACCAUCAUCCACAACAUUCAGAGGCGCGACAUGACUUCUUCCUCCUCCUGUCCGCCCAACCACUCCCUAUGCCCGGCCAGCCUUAACGGAGGAUGCUGCCCGAGCGGCUACGGUUGCGCAUCAGAAUCAUGUUUCGCUUCCACCAGAGCGCCACAGACAUGUGCUGGCAGAGUAGGCUACUACGCCUGUGCGCCUGAAGUCGGAGGGGGUUGCUGUCCGGAAGGAUACAUUUGCGAACGAGGAGACAACUGUCGCGCACCACAGGGCGUCUCCUAUUCCCAAUCCUGUCCGACCAACUACUUCCUCUGCCCGUCCUCGCUAAACUACGGAUGUUGUCGCGACGGCAUGGGCUGCGCGUCCAACGCCUGCUACUCGACCCAGCCUUCCACCUAUACCAUAACCCGAACGAUCACCACGACCGACUCGGCCGACUCGGAAAUAACAACGACGGAGACGGAGACGGAGACGACGGUUUCGACGCCAUCCCCACCCACAGCGAGACCCACGGAGGUUGAUGACGACGCAGAGGUCGUGAUUAAAUUCUAUCCAAGCUCGGUGUCCAAGGUGGAGCCAGAAAUCGUCGAAUCCAACAACGACAGCAGCGACGACGAUGGUGGCGCUGGUGGCGACGACGGCGGUGGUGGGGGGGUAACGACCGGUCAAAUCGCAGGCAUCGUCGUCGGCGCCGUCGCCCUUCUCGUCAUCGUCCUCGUGGCCGCCUUCCUCAUCAUGCGCCGUCUCAACAAGGUAGUCAGGGCCGUCGAGUCCAAGCAAGGAACCACCCGCCACUCCAACGGCACGAAAACCCAGACGGCCUACCGCUCCGAGAAACCCGCCGUCUCCGAGCUCGACGACCAGAGCGUCGAUCCGCUGAUGAUGAUGUCGUCGCCGCGUCCUUGCCACCGCCGCGCCGACUCCGACUCGGAGGGCAUCGGCAUCGGCUCCCUCCCUCGACCGACACCGAGUCCGGUGGCCCAUGGAGGAGGCGGAGGAGGAGUAGGAGGAAGCUACCAAGCGGUGCCGGACCGCGACCGCCACAUGAGUUACGAUUCGACGUACCCGGGCAGCAGCAGCAGCGGGGUGGGUUAUUUCGACGUCGUGCCCGACCGGGCGCAUCGCGCGAGCCAGCAAUCCGGCCCGUCAUGGCUCGCCGGCAGUCAUCACAGCACGGCGAACAACAACAACCGCCAGAGCAUCGACUCGCAGAGCACGCAGGGCCACGGCUACACCCAGGGCUACGGACACGUGCGGCAUUUUAGCGACGGGAGCGACUACAGCAUGAACAGCGAGGUGGGGGGGACCCCCGGGGCGCGUACGCCGCAGGAGCUGGACGGCGUCGACAGCUCGGUCAUGCCCGAACUACCUGCCGACGGGACGCUUUCGCCCAACGAGGCCCACCGCCGAUCGGGGGGCGGUAGUGCUGUGAGCGCCGUGAGCGGGCCUGCCGUGCCGGCGACGAGCCGACCACCGCCUGCGGCGCGGAGGCGCAGCAACGAGGGGCGAGGGAGGAGCGAGAGCUCCGUGGCGGGUCAGGCGACGCUGAGUGUGGUGGCUGAGGCUGGCGAGGUGGUCGGACAUGGACACUACGGGCCAGUGGACAAUUUCGCCGGACAGACGGCCGUGGGGUUGGAGAGCAGUCGGGAACCGUCGCAAGAUGGUCGGCGGGAGGCAUGAUUCUGACUGAUUUUGGUGAUGACGAAGUCGGCAUUCUGGGAGAAUGGCAGGGUAUGGUAUGUACAACAGAAUGAUGCAUAGCAAAGCACAGCAUGGCGUUCAACUGGAUAUUAUUUUUGGAUUCUAUUUCUAUUUUCUUUUCUUCUUUUCUUUUUGCCUUUUCUUUUCGAUAUAUAGAUACCACGUUC